AUUUAUUUCAAAUGUCUCAGUCUAUUAUAAUGUAGGUGGCGGUUAUAGUGAUUGCAAGCCAUUUUCAAUCGGAAAUUGGAUAGUUAGUGCGAUAGAAAAACGAUUGAAGAAUCAUUUUCCUGAUAUUACAGUAAAGGCUGAUUGUGGGAGUUCGUAUGCAACUUUGAUAGUUUCUGAAAUCUUUGACGUUAAUACUAUCGCGGAUAGCCUUGAAUAA